AUGAGCAGCGACGAGCUUGGCAAGGACAUUGUCUCCGAGGGCACUGGUGCGGCCAUCAAGGCCGGCGACACCAUCACGGUUCACUGCACCGGGACCAUCAAGCGGACUGGCAAGAAGUUCUGGUCAACUAAGGACCCGGGCCAGAAGCCGUUCUCCUUCACCAUCGGCCAGGGCUCGGUCAUCCGCGCCUGGGACGAGGGCCUGCUCGGCAUGAAGAACGGCGGCCACGUCAUCCUCGACGCCCCGUCGUCGUGGGCCUACGGCUCGGGCGGCUACGCCGCGUUCGGCAUCGGCUCUGGAGACGACCUCAUCUUUGACAUCGAGGUGCUCAAGAUCCAGUAUCACUCGUCGCCACAGCCGCCGACCAUGGCGUACAACACCGACGACCUGCUAGCCUGCUGCGCAGCACUGGGCUCGCUCGACGACGCCCAUCCAGACACCUACCACAAGGGCGACGACUGUCUGUAUGUUGUCCGCGACCUGGUGCGGUACCUGCGGCGGGAUAACCCGAGGACAAAGGAGUUUCACCUUGCGCUUGGGCAGUGGUCUGUCAUGCAGCGUGACCUGCUCCCGCUACUGGUGAACUACGCCAACGAAGGGGCGCUGGCCAUGGCAGUGCUCAAGCUCAUUACCAUGCUCACGAUGCCUGUGGAGGAAGAGCCCGGGAUCGAGGAGAAGGAGAAGCUUUUCAAGAACACACUGGCGUACACCGAGUGCCUGCAAGCGUACAAGGAGGCGUUUCUCAAACCGGGCGUGCUCCCGUCGCUACUCUCGCUCCUCCUGGAGCCGCUCUCGCAUGAUGUGGCCAACGGCGGUGAGGGCCGGUCGCAGAAAGACAACGACCUCAUUGGCCUCGUCCUCGCGCUCCUUCGCAACUUGCUGAUUGUGCCGGACCCGCGGCCCCAGGCCGGCUCUGCCGGCGCUCACCGGGUCCACCUCCACGAUGACUUUGUCGACGCCCUGUUCUCGUACGACGUGCCGGACCUGUUCCUCGCACUUGUCGCCGACAUUGCGUCGCCGGACAACGAGCCGUGGGCGAUGACGUGUCUGGAGAUCUUUGCCAACUUGUUCCGCGGGCGCGACCCGCGGCAGCUCGUCCAGGCCCACAAGGACGGCGCGGGAGCCGCACCGCGGUCACCACCGCAAAGCCAAGCCAAAGGCGGCGGCGGUGCCGAGACUGCCAGCAGCGACCCACUCGGCAUCCAGGACCUGAUGGUUGAGGGGCCGCGGCAGGGCAAAGGCGUCUCGGCACCGCUUGCGGCCAACAUGUCUGCGCUAGCGCGGACAGCGCGGCUCGAGGCCGCGGCGCGCAAGAUGCGCAACGCACACGCGCCGUCACGGCACUCGCGGUUUGGUGGCGUCUUUCGGUAUCAGGCUGCCAACGGGCAGCACUUUUCGUGGAACAAGCCGGUGACGGAGCUGAGCGCGACGGGCUCGCGCCACGAUAGUGGCAAGCGGGCGCGCAAGCCGCCCAAGUCGCUUCCAUCGGCCUUUCCACUCAUUGUCGGCUCCAAGCCGCGGCUCCUUGCGGCGCUCUACUCGCUCGGCUCGGCCUUUCUUGCCGGCGGCUACGAGAAGCUGAUGAAGGUGGUGACGAGCGUCUUUGCCGCCGCCGAUGUGCUUUACGACCCGCACUCGGCGCGCGACAAGUGCAACUACUUUUUCCUUGCCAGCUUUGUGAGCCAGCUGUACGCCGUCUCGUUUGCCGCCUUUCCGCACCUGUUUGUCUCGGACGAGUGUGGAAAGCCCACGUUCACCAUUGCACCGCUGGCGGUGACGACCCACACCGAGCCGGUCCUCUUCACCAUCAAGUGGAUCUCAACCUUUGCCACCGACAAGUACCCGGCCGGCCAGCAGGCGGCGCUCCGGCACAUGGCGAGCCAGCUCGACUUGCUGCGGCUGAUGAUCACUGCCGGCGACGCCCAGAACACCGCCGCCGCCGACCCGGUCGUCGCCCUCAUUCUCUACCACAACGAUCUGCAGUCGGCGCUGGUCAACGCGGUCGUCAAAUGGACGCCGCGGCGGUUCUCGCUCGACUUUCUCCGCGACGCCAUUCACGCCAUCCACGCGUUCCUCAAGACCACAGCAGCAUUUACCGCCAACAAGGAGCACGUCUACCGCAAGGGCCGUCGCAAGCGGAAGGCCAAGGACAAGGCUGCGGCCGAGGCUGCGGUGGCGGCCGAGUCGGCGGCAGCGGCCGGGGCCGAGACCGCCGGGGCGGCGGCGGCAGCAGCAGCGGCAGCAGCGACUGCCGCUCAAGAAGCGGCCGAGGCCGAGGCUGAGGCCGAGGCCGCUCACCACGAGCACAAGUUUGACUUUGCCGAGUUUGUGCGCAACUUUGCGCGCUCGCCUAAGGUCAUCGACGCGUAUGUCGCGGUCCUCUCUGCGUACGAGGCCAACAGCUACGAGACCAACUACCACGUCCUCCGCAUGUUCCACCGCAUCGCAGUCUCGGCGCAGAUGGAGGGCGCAUUCUUCAAGGUCUCCAUCCUUGCCCUCCUCAACGCCAUGGUCCACGACCAGGCGUGGCGGGUCAAGGAGCCUGUCCUCCACAAGGAAACGGUCAAGUUUACCAAGUUUAUCAUGGCGAGCUUCACCAAGCGCGUCCGCCACGACCCGAUGCUCUACAUCGACGCGCUCAUCAAUGUGCGGACCUCGCGCAUCCGCGACAUUCACGAAAUCGGCUCGGACGCCUGGCUCAUCCAGCACCACAAGAUGACGCCGCCGCCCGGGUGGCACGCGGCCAAUGCGGCCCGCGGCGGGACGUGGACCGAGGCUGAGCUCAAGGUGCUCGAGGACGAGUGCAACACGGCGGUCGACGCGCGCGCUGCAGCGGCGGACAGGCUCGCCCGCCGCCGGGCCGGCAACGACAGCACGUCGCACAGCGGCUCGGCGUCGCCGGCGCCACACGAUCCCGAAGCGCUGCUCGCGCGGCUGGUUGACAAGCUCCCGGGCCGGUCUCCAACCGCCAUCAAGGCGCGCGCUGCCAAGCUCGGGUACAAGGGCUUGCUGAGCAAGCCGCGCGGGAGUGGCCGGUCGCGUCGGCGGCGCGGCGGUCGCGCGGGCAGCUCGGGUAGCGAGUCGGACGACGACGACGACGGCGUCCAGGCCAUGGACUCGGGCUCGGGCUCGGGCUCUGACUCGGGUGCUGGAGUGUGGGACCAGCGGCGUGCGCCGCCUCAGGUGGCGUACACGCCGUUUGAGGUUGAUGCCAGCCUGCCGACGGAGCUCAGCGCCGGGCUCGACGUUCUGGCGGCGGAGCUUGUGGCGAGUGGCGACUCGGCGCACGUUCGCGAGAUUAUUGCGCUGCUGCAGGAGGUCAACGAGGUGCGCGAGGCGACUGUGCGGCGCGGUGGGGCGCUCGCUCGCGAUGCGCUCGAGCCGCAAAAGGCGAGCGAGGUCGCUGCGCUCACUCACUCUCGAGUCCAGCAGGUUCUCGGCCUCCUCGGCCUGCACCCACCGGUCUCGGAAGACGUGCCGCUGUGGGCAGUGCCGGCGAGCAUGGAUCCGGACACGCUGGAGUCGCGGCUGGACAUGGCAGGCUUUGCGCUGCGCAAGGCACAGAGCCUACACGCGGCGGUGGCGGCAGCGGCCGAGGUGGCUGCCGGCGGCGAGGGUUCCGGCUCGCGGCGCGCGUCGACUCGGCGGUCGCGCAAGCGGCGGCGGUCGCAGGCGCUCGACGACACUGUCGGUCGAUCGUCCGAGUCGGACUCGGACGCCGAGGCCGAGGGCGACGCUGCGACGCUGCCCCCACCGGCCGACGCGCCUGACGGGGUCAAGCGGUGGAGUGCCGCGGAGCUCGGGAGCGCAGUGGCAGACGACGCGGACGAGGCCACGCGCAAGGCUGCACUGGCUGGCGCGAUGCGGGCUCUGGUGGCCUCGCCGGGCUACGCCAUGGGCCUCUGCUUUGUCCGGGCACAGCUUGCGCUGUACGUGGCAAGCGACACGCCUGCGGUGAGACCGAUGCGCAAGGCGUUCGGGUGGCCGAUCAAGCCGCGGUCGAUGGCGGAGUGGUUCUACCUCGAGUCGCGCGAGCUGGCUGCGGUCAUGCAGGCGCUGGGGCUUGAGGCACCGGUCGCGUUGCCGGAGGAUGUGGACAAGCUUGACGCGGUCGGGCAGGCCAAGGCACAACUGGCGACGUUCUGGCGGGUGCCGUACUGGCUCCGGCGCAAGCUCCGCAAGCUGCUGGCUACGCUCAACAAGCUCGAGGCCGGAGCGCUGCUGGCGGCGGCGAUCGAGGCGACGGACGAGGCUGAGCUGGCGGCGUUGGCAGCGUCGUACGCGGCGUCGCGCAAGCGCGGUGACGACGAGGAGGAGGACGAGAUCUGGACGGCCGAGGAUCUGGCGUUUAUUGCCGCCGACGACGAGGUCGACGACGGCGACGACGGCGACGACGACGGGUCGUACUCGGAGAUCGGAUCGGAAGACGGGUCACAGUCGGGCUCGGACUCUGGCUCGGGCUCAGAGUCGAGCACGUCCGACUCGGAGAGCGACUCGUCCGGGUCGUCGGACGACGAGGCAGCCAAGGCGGCGCUGGCGCGUGCUGCGCAGCGGUCGCGCGAGCUCCUCCGCAAGCGGCGCGAGGAGCGGCGGCAGAAGCGGGCAGCCGAGGCGCGCGAGGCGCGGCGGAAGCGUACGCGGGUGCUCUCCGAGUCCGAGUCCGAGUCGGACGACGAGUCGGGCGUUGCGGCGAGCGGCUUUUCAAUCCUCUCGCAGCGGACGCCGCUGGCGCCGGGUUUGGCCGGCGCUGGGCUGGCGCCGAUGGAGAUCGAGGGUGCAGGCGUGCCAGUGGUAGCGCGGAUGCAGCGGCGCGUGGUCAUUGACGACUCGGACUCGGAUUCUGACGAGUGAGAGGCCGUGCAGGGCGCGAUUAGGCAUCGGACGAGCUUUCCUUGCACGGGUCAGCGAGUGCGGCGAGGACGGCCGGCUCGGACUCGCGCGCCAUGCGGGCGGCGAGCGACCAGUUGACGAACAUGUCGUCGUCGAUGGUUGGCUCGUUUGCCUCGAACGCGCCGUACUGGUAGCGGUCAGCGUGGCCGGCCGGAACCUGCAUGUAGUGCAUAAAGUGGAUGUAGACAAAGC